AUAAAAAAAUAUGGCGGCUUAGUGUUAGCCGCCUGUUUUUAUUUGUUUACUAAUCCGUUUUAUGACUUGCUAAUCGAGUUGAACUUGAAAGAUCGAUAUAAAUUAAUGAUUUAAUGUAAAUUUUUAUGAAAAACAAUGCGACAUGUCGUUUAGAGAGUUAGAUGAAUUGCCUGAUAUCCGUGAUUUAGCUUACGAAAAGACACCAGCAGUCACCGUUCGAUCUGUGGAAGAAUUAGACAAAUUAUAUGGAGUUGAUGAAAAUUUAUCUCCUAUCGAAAGGGCAGUUCAUCUACUGAGCAGUGGCCAUGAUUUACAAAGGGUUAGUGUUGUAUCAUCUCUCCCAACACUUUUCCAAGAACGACCGGAAGAGUGUAAAAGAAGAGUCUUUCCAAAAGUUAAGGAGUUGCUACAUGUCGGUGAUGAAGAAUUACAAAUGACUGCAUCCAAUUGUUUUAAAACUUUACUUACCAAACAAAUUUUAAGUCAUGGCCAAUGGGUUCAAUCUAUUUUACCUUGUGUAUUUAUUGGACUUGAUAACAAGACAAUAGAAAUUACUGAAAUAUGGCUCGAAACUCUGCUAAUUGCAAUCGAUGUAUUGAAUAUAGACGUUCUUUUAAAAGAUGUUUUACCUCCUAUUAAGAAGAAGUCUGACAUCUCAAAACCUGUAUCGAGUCGGAUCACUUGUUGUAAAGUUAUUGGAAAAAUUUCGAAGAAAUUGGAUCAAAAUACUAUUAAAACCCAAUUGGGGCGCUUAAUUCAAUCUUUGUGUCAAGAUAUCGAGCAUGAUGUUAGGCAAACAAUGUGUUUGGAACUUCCGGUUAUAGGCGAGCGUCUAAGUCCCGAAAAUAUAAAGAUUAUGAUCUUCCCCGAGCUAUUAGAGUUGGCUAAGGAUGAAAGGAGUCAUGUCAGAAAUGCUGCCCUAGAUUCUUUUGGAAAAUUACUCCCUUUUCUAGACAGUGAAACUUUAAAGAUAUCUGCUUAUCCUUUAAUUUUUCAAAUCAGUUCUAAAAUGUUAGAAUCUGAUGAUGUAAAUAUUGUGGGUGGUUUGGCUAAAAAUUUGGGAGUCUUUCUUUUUUACUUAUCUUCUCAACUAUGUGAUGAUGAAAAACGCUUAUUUAUUGAUGCUUUUAAACGUCUUUCAAAAUUACCAUGCAAUGCAAAGCAUUCACCGAAGCCACAGCUCUUUGGCGGAUUGGAGGGCCUAUGUUUAGAAACGCCUAGCGAAUGCUGUAGACGUUUCUGUGUGGAAAGUUUGCCGCUGAUGGUAAAAGCACUAGGAGGACAAAUUUAUAAAUCUGAAUUGAUGAGUUGCUAUAGAAGUUUAUGCAAUGAUCCAAGUCCAUAUGUUAAACAAGCAGCAGCAAAAUGUAUAGGAUCUAUACUGGCUGCACUUCCUUCAAAUUAUCAGAGUCUUUUAACCUUGGAUUUUAUAAAUUUACUGAAGGACAGCGAUAUAACUGUUUUACAAUGUUUGAUGAAAGAUUGCCCUAAAAUUUAUCUCACUCUGGGAUGCGAAGGAGGAAAAUGGGACCAUUCUCAGGAAGUCCUGACAGCUUCCUUUCAUUCGUUAACAACGUUAAUGAACGGCCACGAUUGGAGGAGUCAACAGAAUUACAUGAAAAUAUUGGGCGAAGUCAGUCAUAAAAUAUUCUCAUCUGAUCAAAUCGGUGCGAAGUUAAUCCCUGCUGUAUAUAAGGAACUUCUCUCUCAUAGAGCUCUACCAGUUAUGGUUGAAACUGCACGAACAUUAUUAAUAUUCUUAAGGUAUAGUCGAAAAUUGGAAAUGAAAGAAGAAUAUUAUAGAAAAAUAAAAACCGACUUGGCCAAAAGUGACAAUUAUCGUAAAAGAGCUCUAUUCCUCGACGUUUGCCAUCAUGUUCUUCAAUUGUAUAGCAGAUUGUUCUUCCGUCAACAUUCCUUGAUAGAUGAAAUUUUACUUAAAUGUAGCGAUUCGGUACCUAAUAUACGUAUGAAAGUUUGUCAAUUAUUGCCAGCUGUUAAAUCACAAUUAAGUCUGCCAGCUGAUAGGCCUCUUUUAUCUCAACUGGAAAGCGUUGUUCGAAAAUUACAGUCGGACUCUGAUGAAGAUGUCGUGGCUUCCAUAAAUAAUAUUGUGAUUAUAUUAGAUAGAACUAAACCAGUAAUGGAAAGUUUAACAAAAAGAACACCUAAAGGAUCUCUAGAAGCUGCUGAUUCUAAGAAAGAAGAGGAGGAGAGGAAAAUAUUGGAAGUGGCAGAGGCGGAAGCAUUGGAAAGGCAGCAGGAAGAAAAAGCAUCUCGCAAAGAAUCGGCUAAUGCCAAGAAUAAGCAAAAUACAAAUAAACAGGACAAACGUAGUGCAGGAAAAGGAGGAUCAAGAGUUACUGGCGGAAUUCGUCCAGCAGCUACUGGUUCAAGAGUAUCAUUUCAAAGUACUAAUUCGUCAACUAGUUCAAGAAGAGGUUCCGGUACAGGAUCAAGUCUAGAAACUGGCAUCAGCAACGUUAAAGAUCGAGACAGGCGAGUUAGUACCGGAAGUAUGCAUGGAAAUAUUGGUGCGACAACAAGUGGCCGCAAAAAAUCCAUACCAUCGGGUAAAUAG